AUGGCCGCGGAUGACAUAGAUAAGGAUUCUGGAGAAGGUCAUAAAGCAAAGGCGAAGAAGCCUAAAAAGAAGAAGAAAGGCACGUCGAACUCCACGCCUGCCAAAACGCCCGUCGAGAAGCAGGAGUCAUCACCUGCGCUAUCUCCGUCUCCGUCUACCCCGACAUCGGGCCCCUCAAAGCAGGAGCGGAAAGCUUUGAAGAAACAGAAAGCCAAAGAGCGGAAAGAUGGUCGAGACGAAAUUGAUCGGGCGCUGGAAGAACUUUCGAUCAAAUAUCCCGAUCUCAAAAGCGUGCCUUCGAAGUCUACCACAACUCUCACAAGCCAACCGUCUCAGGCGUUCAAUGACCUUCUGACAGUGACCCUUUCUAAUCUUGAUCCUGAUGUCGAAAUGCGCAAGUUCUUUGGUGCGAAAGCUAUGCACGCAGCGAGAAACUCUUCAGCACCAACAACGUCUAACGCUCGCCGACAGCCAGCAUCGCGUUCAAACCUUGUCCGCCCUCAAGCCAACUGGGGGCCGGCAAAGUUGCGUGAGGGACUCACCAUUCGACCACUCUCGGACGAAGAGCUCAAGAACAAGUUGGGCGGAAAUUCCUGGUCAGACGUCCCUGAGCGUUGGUGGACAGUAGAGUACAGCAAGAGGUACAAGGGUGUGACAAUGACAUUCAUGCGAACCGUACUGUCUGGCGACCCUGAAGGGUUUUUUAGUAUCCUUCGACAAGUGCCGUGGCAUGCAGACACCCUUUUGCAGCUUGCGGAGCUGUAUAGUCAUCGCGAAGAAUAUAGCCAGGCUGCCGACUUCAUUGACCGUGCCUUGUUUGCGUACGAACGUGCCUUUGUCGGAGCCUUCAACUUCACCAACGGCGCGAACAGGCUAGAUUAUGACCAUGUCGAAAACAGACCAUUUUUUCUGGCUCUUCACCGACAAGUAAUUGAUCUUGAACGGCGAGGGUUAUUCCAGACCGCUUUCGAGUUUUGCCGCCUUCUUUACUCGUUAGAUCCGUGGACAGACCCUCACGGCGCGCUACUGCAUCUCGAUCACCUGGCUGUCAAGGCCGGCAAGGGUCGAUGGUUACUUGAUAUGUAUGAUCUCAUCAAUUCUCAAACAUCUAGACAAGAUCAUGCCCUUCGCGGGCGGGUGUGUGUAACUGCUUUGCCCGGCUGGGCGUAUGCAAGGGCAUUAGCGCUACGUUCCGGAUCUCGUAGCAAUGAAUCACAGCAGCAGGAGAGCACAGAAGCCCUGAAACAGGCCAUAGUUGCCUUUCCCUCCAUUGUCCCUCUCUUAGCAGACAAGGCGGAAAUUCUCCUACCCUCUGACAUCAGAAGUCAGGGCGCAUUCAGGAUAUUCACCAAGGGGCUAUUUUCUUCGACCGAAGAAUCUUUCCUUCAUCUUCUUUCUCACGUCUACGUUCAGCGAUCUGCGUCGCUAUGGAAGGUCGCCGACAUCGGUGCCUGGUUUGCGCAAACUGUCCAAGAGGUCGUGAAUAAAGGCACUCUUCCUGGGUCUUGCAUGAGUGCACCUGGUUAUGAGCGUUUCAGUGUUCUUGUCAAGGCGAAGAAUUUUCCCACCUCGGUCGCCCGACACGUCACGGUCCUCGGCGCUCCGGCACAGCGUCUGCUGUCAUAUCUGCCCGAAUCGAUCACUGGCGGCAACAACUUGGCUUGCGAUCCGGUUCCGCCGGUGACGAGGGUCAAUGAGUACGACGACGCCUUUUUCCAGGGCGCGGAAGACGCCUUGUCGGGGACGAUGAGCCGACGUCGUCAGCAGCGUAUGUUAGAACAGCUCAUUCCGGAUGCAGGUUUCAGGCAGCAAUUACAGGCACGUUUGUGGGAUCCUUUCCUCCUACAACAGUUUCCUAGAGGGCUUAUUCAGUUUGCACAAGCCGCUAAUGGCAUGCCUGAUGAAAUGCUCGAGGGGAUUCUCAUGGGGUUCGCUUUGCAGCGUGAUAGGGUCAAUGGUGAUGAGAUGCCCGGAGGGAUGCCUGAGACGGAACUGGUGUUUGUGAAUAAUCCAGCAGAAGCGGACAUGGAAGAUGGGGAAGACCUUGCCGUGAAUGAGGAGCGGGAGAAUGUUGAUGUUGAUCAUCACGAUCGGGAUGGGAGCGAGGAUGAGGAAGAGGACGGGGACGGGGAUGAGGAAGAAGAAGCUGUUCCUUUGCCGACCCGUGUCUUGCGAAACAUCAUGUCCCGCUUCUUUGGAUCGUCGAGCAGUGCAGGUGAUGCUCAAGACACAUCAGAAGAUGAAGAUGAUGUCCAGCCACCCCGUGAUGGUGCGGGUGUCGAUUGA